GUCAGAGCGGUGUCCGUGUGAGAUGGGUUGUGGGAACUCCACAGCCACCAGCACCUCUGGAGGGGGUCCUGCCGAAGCUUCAAAAGAUGUGACAGAGGACCCCUCACCUGACGAUGAAAAAAGAAGGAACUAUGGCGGGGUGUACGUGGGUCUGCCGGCCGACUUGACCGCCGUCGCUGCUAGCCAGUCUAAGUCCACACGCAAAGAUUAGCAAAAAAUGAAAAAGAAAAUUAAAGAAUAAGGCCUAGUAUGAACAGUUAUGUUUGCUGAGGGCAUUCCACAUGCCACCAGAGGGGAGGAGUUUGACCAUUAAAAGAUGAAACGUCUACAAUUAGGCUGUAGUCCACCAGGCAAUAAAGACAAAGGCCCGCAAACACACAGAUGAACAGAAGGGCUUCUAUUACGCACCUCUCAACCACAGACAGAUUCCAUGAGAUGCAGCCAAUGAUCACACGGGUAUGCGAGGUUUCAAACAUACCGGGAGACAAACUUACGGCUAAGGCAUUCUUCUGUGGGUGGGUUGUCAGUGGGACUGAGUCUCUCCCAGGUGCUUGCAGGCCAUUUGAAUGCAGGGAAGGUGCCUGUUUGGGAUGGCCAAAAAAAAAAAAAUAAUAACUCAGAGGAAUGAAGACGGAAAACAACAUCCAGGUACCAGGCAUGGACGAUGUCAGAGAUGGCCCUGAAACAAAGAAGGCCUGAGGAGGCCGUUUCUGAGCGGCGUAGCCCCCGCACAAAAGAGCCUUUGUCCUUGGGAGGGUCCUCUUUCGCUCUCGCUGAAUGGGCCCCCGGAAUAAGACCUGCUGCAUAGAAACCGGAACAAUGAGCAGUGUGGUUGACGUGUCGUCCUGGGUGUUGGAGGGGUUUGUUCUCUCAGGGUACCGCGGAAGAUGACAGCUCUGGAGGAACACAAAGCAAACGAUUGAUCUAGACGGUUUGAAAUAAUUGGUAAAGGUAUUCAUUUUCCUUCUAAAGAGCGCAGGAAGAAAAAUGGCUCUCAGACAUUUUUUUUUAAUUUAUUUUUUACAGUAUACCAUUUAUACAUAUGGGAGAGGUGAACCAAAGACCAAAGACACGAUAAAUGUAGCCCUGCAGAGCUAAACUGUUAUAUUCCAUGUGAUGAGGAUACCCCCCCCCCCAAUUUUAAUUUUGUAAUCACAGUGUCUGGGCCAUUGUUAGAAUGCCCUACUCAGUGAUGCUGUGUUGUUGGUGAGCUCAUUUCACCAGGUGCUGUCCCCUUCAGGUC